UCGAGGUUAGUUUCAAAAGUGUUGGAAUCAAGUGAAAUUGUUUCCAACGUCAAAUCUAAUUGUGAUUAUUAUUGAAUUGAUAUUGUUAUAUUUUGUGAUUGAAUUGAUGAUGGAUAAAAAACUAAUAGUUUUACAAUUUUAUACACUGGUAAUAACGAUUUUCCAGUUAUCGGUAAUUCAACUUUGUUCAGGUGAACUUCUAGGCUCUAUUUUUGGUUCUCCGUUGGUAACUGACCUUCAAAAUGACAGGAUUGAUGUUUUGAAUAAACUUUUGUCUCCGAAAGUGUUGCCAGUGGGCGGUAAUGUUGUUGCGUAUGAACUGCUACAAACAUUGAGCACGCGAGCGAUUCAAUCUGGAAUCUUUGAUACUGUCGGUCAAUUUGGAACAGUAGUUAGAUCAUUUCUUGGACCAUUAACAUUACCGUAUUCACUUGAUUUCGAUAGGGCGGCCAAAACAGAACGUAUGUAUGAUUAUGUGAUUGUUGGUGCUGGAUCUGCAGGGUCCACAUUGGCUGCUCGAUUAACAGAGGAUGAAGAUGUUACCGUAUUGGUUAUAGAAGCAGGUGGAGAAGAAUCUCAUUUUAAUAAUGUUCCGAUAUUCGCAGUGUUAACACAAAGGACUGACAUCGAUUGGGGAUAUUAUUCUGUACCCCAAACUCGAUCAGCUAGAGGUUUGAAUAACAAACAAAUUCCAGCGUCUAGAGGUAAAGUCGUCGGUGGUUCUUCAUCCAUCAAUCUCAUGAUUUACAGCAGAGGAAAUCCAAUAGAUUAUGAGCGAUGGCAAGAGUUAGGUGCUACAGGUUGGAAUAGCUCAGCUAUGGACCCAUACUUCGUCAAAAUGGAAAAUACGACAGAUCCAACAAGUCAACCUGGUUAUCACGGCACCACUGGACCCUUAACUAUAUCAACCGUCAGUGAAACUUUUCCUGUUGAUUCAGCUUUUCAUGAGGGACUGAAACAAUAUGGUCUCAAGAUUGGAGACUAUAAUGCCAAUGAUCAAGAGCGAUUUCAGUACUCUCCAUUUACCAUUCGAGAUGGUAGACGUUGUUCAACUGGACGUGCUUAUUUAGGACCUGCUUCUUCUCGUAAAAAUUUGGAUAUUCUGCUCUUCUCACGAGUGACUAAAAUUAUAUUUGAUGAUGAUAAGCGAGCGAUCGGAGUUGAAUUUACAAACAGUGAAAAAGAUUACCAAGUUUUUGCUCGAAAAAAAGUGAUUAUCUCUACUGGUGGAAUCGCAACUCCUCAACUGUUGAUGUUAUCAGGAAUCGGACCGAGGGAUCAAUUGGAAAAAUUCAAUAUUCCAAUAGUCCAUGAGUCUCCUGGAGUUGGCAAUAAUUUACAAGAUCAUCCAUUUACCUUUUUCUUGUUUACGACAAAGGCUGAUACUAGCAUUUUGCUUGCGCGUGAUCUUAUUCCCAAUUUGGCUGUAUAUUCAGCAACUCAUAAAGGAAGGUUCGCAUCAUCUGGUGCAAACGUAGUUGGCUUUUAUAGAAGCAAAUUUGCUAAUGAUUCAAGACCUGAUCUUCAGAUCUACGAAUUUGCUUAUUCCUUUGGAGGAGGAGCGCCAGAUUUUUAUUUAGGUUAUAUUUUUAAUUUCGAUAGACAGACGCUUGUAAAUUAUGCCUUGCCAAAUACAUUUAGUGAUGGAACCGCGUAUGUGAUAAGUUUAGUCAAACCUCGAAGUACUGGUACAAUUAAAUUGGCUUCUUCUAAUAUCCGAGAUCCUCCUUUGAUUGACUUCAACUUUUUCACUGAUCCUCGCGACCUCGAUGCUAUGGCUGAAGGAUGUAGAUUGGUUCUUAACAUAUCAAUGACACCAUCAAUGCAGACUGUUGAACCAAGACGUUACAAUUCAACAUUGCCUGGUUGUGAACAGUAUCCACUCGACUCAAAUGAUUAUUUAAAGUGUCUUAUCCAAACGAUAACUUACACACUUUGGCAUUCAGUUGGCACAGCUAGCAUGGGUUUGGCUAGUAAUCCAUUGGCUGUUGUUAGCCCUGAUCUUCAUGUUCAUGGUGUUAAGGAUCUCAUGGUUGUUGAUACAUCUGUAAUGCCUGCAAUAACUACAGGAAACACCAACACUCCCACUAUAGCAAUAGCCGAAAGAGUAGCUGACAUGUUAAAAGGAAGAGUAUUGAGAGCUAAAAGUCUUCCCUACACUGAUGAAUAUGAAUAUAUAAAUGAUUAUGUUCCCUAUCAAAUUGAUGAUUAAGUUCAAAAGACUUAAACAAUAAUUGAAAAACAAAAUAAAGUUACACUUUUAGCGUCAACUAGACCGACUUUAUUAUUCG